AUGCUUACCCUCUACUUCCUCAACUCGUCCCGAGCCAUCCGUAUCGCUUGGCUCCUCGAGGAGCUUGGACUCGAGUAUGAGCUCGUUGGCGCCGACCGAGCGCCAAACGGCCAAGCUCCGCCUGGGCUCAAAUCCCAAAUCCCCGUCCCCCUCGGCAAGAGCCCAACCAUCAAGGAUGAUCUCGUCGUCGUGACCGAAUCUGGCGCUAUCAUCGAGUACCUCUGCGAUAAGACGUCUUCGCCCCUCAUUCCCACGGACCCACAGCAGAGGGCCAACGUCCGGCAGUGGCUUCACGCGGCCGAGGGGACGUUCAUGCUCCACGCGUCGGCAAUCCUGUAUGCCCGCUGGAACAUUGCGGAAGAGGCCAAGGGGACGAUGGUGGAUAUGGAGGAGCGGAUGAGCAAGAAUGUUGUCAAUGAUAUGAAUUGGCUCGAGGGGGAGCUCAAGGCGCAGAAGGCGAGGGGGUGCGUGUGGAUCGUGGGGGACAAGAUGUCUGCGGCGGACAUUCAGAUGCAAUUCAGUAUCGAGUUCAUGCUGGAGCGCAAGCUGGGCAAUAAGGGACAUGGAGAGGGAAGAUGGCCCCAGGUCGAGGCAUGGCUGCAGCGUACAAAAGAGGUAGAGAGCUAUCAGCGGGCAGUCAAGCGGACUGGUUACACUCUUAGUGGGAACUUCAAGCAGUAG